GGGGCUUAACAGUAGCGACAGCGGCGGCGGCGGCGGCGGCCUUCCCGAGUCGAGCACAGGCGCGCGGAAGCCCGCACAGGCGUGUAGAGAAAAUGGCAGACGAUAUUGAUAUUGAAGCGAUGCUUGAGGCCCCUUACAAGAAGACUUGCCUAACGAUAUCUCACCUCUACUCCCAUGAAUUCACCUUUGAUUCCAGUGUGAACUGUCAAUCAUAAGGAUGAGAACAAGUUGAGCAGUGCUAACGGCCAUGAAGAACGUAGCAAAAAACAAAGUUUCUGCCUCCUUGGAAAGCUCUACAUCUCCUUGUGAUUGGAGUGUGGGUUUCAAGAUUCCAGAAGGUGGAAAAAAAAGCAAGAGCAGAAGUCGUAGUCAUGAGCGAAAGAGGAGCAAAAGUAAGGAACGGAAGCGAAGUAGAGAUAGAGAAAGGAAAAAGAGCAAAAGCCGUGAACGGAAACGAAGCAGAAGCAAAGAAAGGAGACGAAGCCGCUCACGAAGUCGAGAUAGAAGAUUCCGAGGCCGCUACAGAAGUCCCUACUCCGGACCAAAAUUUAACAGUGCCAUCCGAGGAAAGAUUGGGUUGCCUCAUAGCAUCAAAUUAAGCAGAAGACGUUCCCGAAGCAAAAGUCCAUUCAGAAAAGACAAGAGCCCUGUGAGGGAACCUAUUGAUAAUCUAACUCCUGAGGAAAGGGAUGCAAGGACAGUUUUCUGCAUGCAACUGGCAGCAAGAAUUCGACCAAGGGAUUUGGAAGAGUUUUUCUCUACAGUAGGAAAGGUUCGAGAUGUGAGGAUGAUUUCUGAUAGAAAUUCAAGACGUUCCAAAGGAAUCGCCUAUGUGGAAUUUGUUGAUGUUAGUUCAGUUCCUCUAGCAAUUGGAUUAACUGGCCAACGUGUUUUAGGAGUGCCAAUUAUAGUACAGGCCUCACAGGCAGAAAAAAAUAGAGCUGCAGCAAUGGCAAACAAUUUACAAAAGGGAAGUGCUGGACCUAUGAGGCUCUAUGUGGGCUCCUUACAUUUUAACAUAACUGAAGAUAUGCUUCGUGGGAUCUUUGAGCCUUUCGGAAGGAUUGAAAGUAUUCAGCUCAUGAUGGAUAGUGAAACAGGCCGGUCUAAGGGAUACGGAUUCAUUACAUUUUCUGACUCAGAAUGUGCCAAAAAAGCUUUGGAACAGCUUAAUGGAUUUGAACUAGCUGGGAGGCCAAUGAAAGUUGGUCAUGUUACUGAACGAACCGAUGCUUCUAGUGCUAGUUCGUUUUUGGACAGUGAUGAACUAGAAAGAACUGGAAUUGACUUGGGAACAACUGGUCGUCUUCAAUUAAUGGCAAGACUUGCAGAGGGUACAGGUUUGCAGAUUCCACCAGCAGCACAGCAAGCUUUACAAAUGAGUGGCUCUUUGGCAUUUGGUGCUGUGGCAGAAUUCUCUUUUGUUAUAGAUUUGCAAACACGACUUUCCCAACAGACCGAAGCCUCAGCUUUAGCUGCAGCUGCAUCUGUUCAACCACUUGCAACACAAUGUUUUCAACUUUCUAACAUGUUUAACCCUCAAACAGAAGAAGAAGUUGGAUGGGAUACAGAGAUUAAAGAUGAUGUUAUUGAAGAAUGUAAUAAACAUGGAGGAGUUAUUCAUAUUUAUGUUGACAAAAAUUCAGCUCAGGGCAACGUGUAUGUGAAGUGCCCAUCUAUUGCUGCAGCUAUUGCUGCUGUCAAUGCAUUGCAUGGCAGGUGGUUUGCUGGUAAAAUGAUAACAGCAGCAUAUGUACCUCUUCCAACAUACCACAACCUCUUUCCUGAUUCUAUGACAGCAACACAACUACUGGUUCCAAGUAGACGAUGAAGGAAGAUAUAGUCCCUUAUGUAUAUAGCUUUUUUUUCUUGAGAAUUCAUCUUGAGUUAUCUUUUAUUUAGAUAAAAAUAAAAGGCAAGGGUCUACUGUCAUUUGUAUACAACUCCUGUUAUCUUGAAAAAUAAAAAUGUUAACAGGAAUGCAGUGUGCUCAUUCUCCCUAACUAGCAAAUCCUACUUUAUGCAAAGCUGUUUGCUUGUUCUGCCGUUUUAAAUGUCCAUGUAGAAAAUUACAUUAAGGAUCUAUAGAAUAGCUUUAGAGGAACAAAUGUCAUUUCUGUAUAAAGGCAGACAGGUAAUGUUUUAAUGUUUCAGAAGCCUAACUUUUUACAUAGCAUUUACAGUUCACAUUCAUUCAUGUAUUUGGCUCAUGGUUCAGCAAAGGUUUCUGGAAUAUACAUUGUAUGAAAAGUCUAGGCAGCUAAUAGGCUGUUUAGCAUCUUACCUUGAUCAAUUUGGCAAGAAGGGGAUUUCAAAAUUAUAUUUCUUGAUGGUAACUUUUCAAUUAAUGUAUCUGUAAAAGUUUCUUUGUAAAUACUGUGUGUUUUAGUGUGUCUUGAGUUUCCAAACAAAAUGAUCCCUGCAUUUCUUGAAGAUGGUUGUAACAGUUUGAGCAAAGAAGUCUGGGCAAGAUAUAGGAAAUGCAGAAAUAGGUUUUGUCUGGUUGCAUAUAAUCUUUGCUCUUUUUAAGCUCUGUGAGCUCUGAAAUAUAUUUUUGGGUUACUUCAGUGUGUUUGACAAGACAGCUUGAUAUUUCUAUCAAACAAAUGACUUUCAUAUUGCAACAAUCUUUGUAAGAACCACUCAAAUAAAAUUCUCUGAAAAAGG